UCUGGGCAAAAUGACUCGGAUUCGGCAGAUCUCCACAAACACCAUCCGACCAACAAAUCAUAAUGAUCAGCUAAGUCAUAGAAUUGAGUUAACUCCAUGGGAUUUGCGCCUAAUCCAACUUGAUUAUAUCCAAAAUCAACAAGGAAAACUAUGAAUCACUCCCCAACAAGCCCCUCUUUCCCAAACCUUGAACAUCUUCUACCCGCUUGCUGGCCGCCUAGCUGUGAUUGAAAAUGAAGAUAACACCACUUGUUUUUCCAUCAACUGUAAUGGCGAUGGAGCCUUGUUUGUUCAUGCAGCUGCUGACGGGGUCAAAGUGGCUGAUGUCCUUGACUCUGUUUAUGUUCCAGAUGACAUUGUCAACAACCUCUUCUCUAUGAAGGAGGCUUGGAACUACGAAGGCAUUUCGAAACCAUUGCUUGCAGCACAAGUGACUGAGCUUGUUGAUGGCAUCUUUAUUGCUUGCAGCAUAAACCACAUGGCUGCUGACGGUACCUCCUUCUGGCAUUUCUUCAAUACUUGGUCUGAAAUAUCUCGUCUUGGCGGUUAUGAUAAAAUUUAUAAACCUCAUCCUGUUUUGGGCCGCCAAUUUCAUGAAGGGGUGAUUGAUCUCCCAAUUCACUUACCCUCCUCCUAUGUCAAUGAAAUCAAGAGCAAGCAGCUUAUAAUUGGACAUGGUUCAUCUGCAGAUUCUUUACGAAGGGUAGUGUUUCAUUUUCCCAAAGAAAAAGUUGCAUGGCUCAAAUCCAAGGCCAAUGCUGAGAUGGGCACCAUUGACAGUAACAUUAGCAUUUCAUCCCUUCAAGCACUCAUGGCUCAUCUUUGGAGAGCGAUAACGCGCGGCAGACAUCUGAACCCAGAUCAAGAGGUUGCUUAUCGCGUUGCGGUGGGACUGAGGCAAAGAUUGAACCCACCAUUGCCAAAAGAGUACCUCGGGAAUGCGCUUUUAGGCGUUAUUGUCAAGUGCACUGCAGGGGAGCUGCUAGAACAUGGGCUAGGCUGGGCGGCUUCCCAAAUAAACAAGACAAUUGCUUCCCUGACAGCUGAAGAAGCGAGGAAGUACAUGGAGGAUUGGGUAAAAGCUCCUACAUUUCUUUCAAAUGUGCUGAGGGAACCAACAAAUGUGGAAUUGAUCACAGGAAGCUCACCGCGGUUCAAUGUGUAUGGAAAUGAUUUUGGAUGGGGAAGCCCGGUUGCUGUGCGAAGCGGAAUUCCAGAGAGAAAGCUUGGGAAGCUAACAGUGUUUCCUGGUCCAGAAGAUGGAAGUAUUGAUUUUGAAGCUUGCCUUUUGACUGAGACUCUUCGAGCUAUGGCCGACGAUGCAGAAUUCAUGGAGGCUGUGCUCACAUGAA